GGUGAGGCCCACAAACACUGCAGUCCAACUACACACCGUACGGGAGAAUCAUCUGAUAUCUGCAAGGCCCUGUCAAGUCUGCAGGACGCAGGUUCCAGAGAGAGGAGGUGGAUCAGAGCAUCGAGAUCAAGAUCAAUUGGGUGGUGAAGGAGGCCUUAAGGAUGAAGUUGUUCAGCUCUGACCUGUUUCACACAACGGCACCACACCAAAGUGAAAGAAGCACAAUCCGCACGACCUGCGCCCCACGUUAACACUGGUCAUUUCACACAACUGGUUUGGAGACACACCAAAGAGAUCUGGAUUGACCUGGCAACUGAUGACAUCGGUCUCAUCAUCAUGGCUCAGAUCAACCCAACUGGUAUAGAUUCUGGAAGUUUUCCCUCGCAGUUGCUGAAAUCUGUGAAUGAAUACCGGAAGACACAUGGAGCGAAACCAUUAAUCCUGAACCCAGCCAUCAGUGCAGAGGCUGAGAAAUGGGCAAAACAUCUGGUAAACUCCAGGACACUGCAGCACAGUGACACACCGCAUGGGGAGAAUAUCUGGUGUCAGCAGAGCACAGUCACUCAGCAGGUGACAGGGCAACAGGUUGCUGACUCAUGGUACAAUGAAAUUAAGAAUUAUGACUUCUCCUCUCCUAGAUUUCAGAAGAAUUGUGGGCAUUUCACACAGCUGGUUUGGAGAGACUCCAAGGAGAUGGGGGCUGGCCUGGCAUCUGAUGGCAAAGGUCUCACUGUCGUGGUGGCUCAGUUUGACCCAGCUGGUAACAUCACCAAUCCAGGCUACUUUGCUAAAAACGUCCUGCCCACUGGCAGCAAGGUGCAGGACGAUGAGGGUGGGUCAGCCCAUAGAGAGAACACAGACAAACCUAAACCAUCAGCAACAAGCCGGCAGGCACCAAUGUCAGCUGAAGAUUCUGGAAAUUUUGCCAAACAGUUGCUGAACUCUGCAAACAAAUAUCGGGUGAACCACGGAGCACAACCUUUAACCCUAAGCACACAAAUCAGCAGGAAUGCGGAGAAAUGGGCAGAGCAUCUCGUCACCUCCAAAACAUUAAAGCACAGUGACACACCGUAUGGGGAGAACAUCUGGUAUCAGCAAGGCCCUGUAGGUCUGCAGGUCACAGGGCAGGAAGUUGUUGAUUCCUGGUACAAUGAAAUUAAAGAUUAUGACUUCUCCUCCCCUGGUUUUCAGAAAAACUGUGGGCAUUUCACACAGCUGGUUUGGAGAGACUCCAAGGAGAUGGGGGUUGGCCUGGCAUCUGAUGGCAAAGGUCUCACUGUCGUGGUGGCUCAGUUUGACCCAGCUGGUAACAUCACCAAUCCGGGCUACUUUGCUAAAAAUGUCCUGCCCACUGGCAGCAAGGUGCAGGACGAUGAGGGUGGGUCAGCCCACAGAAAAAAUGUCAGGACUCCUGGUACGCCAACUAGUACAGGUGAAGCCUCUGGAAAAUUUCCCGAACAGUUGCUGAAAUCUGUGAACGAAUAUCGGGUGAACCAUGGAGCGCAGCCUUUGGCCCUGAGCUCACAAAUCAGCAAGGAUGCGGAGAAAUGGGCAAAGCAUCUUGUCACCUCCAAAACAUUAAAGCACAGUGACACAUCAUAUGGAGAACAUCUGUAUCAGCAAGGCCCUGCAGGUCUGCAGGUCACAGGGAAGGAAGUUGCUGAGUCAUGGUACGAUGAAAUUAAAAAAUAUGACUUUUCCUCUCCUGGAUUUCAAAAGAAUUGUGGGCAUUUCACACAGCUGGUUUGGAGAGACUCCAAAGAGAUGGGGGUUGGCCUGGCAUCUGAUGGCAAAGGUCUCACUGUUGUGGUGGCUCAGUUCAACCCAGCUGGUAACAUCACCAAUCCAGGCUACUUUGCUAAAAACGUCCUGCCCACUGGCAGCAAGGUGCAGGAGGAUGAAGGUGGCUCAGCCCACAGAGAGAAAGUCAAGACAUCGGACGUGCCGGAAACAAGAAAAGCGGCACCAGUUUCAGGCAAUGAAAAGAAUGCCUUUAUUGCUGAGCUACUUAAAGAGCACAACAGUUUACGAGCCCGACAUCAGUCACCUCCACUCCAGGUUAAUUCUGAGCUCUCUGUGCAAGCACAGAAAUGGGCAGAUCAUCUUGUCAACAUCAAAACUCUCCAGCACAGUGACACCAACUACGGAGAAAACCUCUGGUACAAAUGGAGCAGCGACAAAAAGCUACCAACAGGAAGAGAAGUGAGUGAAUCCUGGUACAAUGAAAUUCAGGACUACAACUUUGAAGCUCCAGGGUUUCACAGUAAGACAGGGCACUUCACCCAGCUGGUGUGGAAGGCAACAAAAGAGAUGGGGGCCGGACAAGCGACAGAUGGAAAAGGCAAGUUCAUUGUGGUGGCAGUGUACAAACCACCGGGGAACAUCAGCAAUCCCGGCUACUUCAAGGAAAACGUGUUACCACCCAAAAAAUAAUGAGCAAGGAGGAUGAGUAUGGGUGGCACUUGUCACAUGCCACUGUCCUAUACAAUGCACAAAUAAUAUUGUUUGAAAUUUAAUUAAUGCUUUAAAUGGUACUUCUUUCCAGGAUUUGAGUGGCUUUAGCUAUAAUAUUUUAAUAAUAAGAACCAAUACCCAGUGAGCAAAUAGAUACUUGUGCAACCCCAGUUUCCUUCCCCUCUCUGUGGUGCUUGUGGUUUUAGUUGUCAGGGUCUAAGAUAUGAAAUUGUCUGGUUGAAUAUUUCUCUCUUCCUACAACUAUCUUUUAAGGCAGUCCUUGAAAUCUUUUGUUCUUCAUGAUUGUUCGCCUAUUCUAAUUUCCUUUAUGUGCAUGGGUGUCAAAUUAUAUUUUUAACCCCCUUCACAAGAACAAUAGGGUGUUUUACUAAAGUCACAGUAUGCUAUACGCUAUAAAGGUUUGUUAAUCCGGCACCCUCAAAACUUUGUUGUUCUAGACUGGUAGAUUUUCAAGGCUAUUGGAUAUUGCUGCUAUUAAUACCCAAGCACUCUUUUAUUUCACCUUUUGUUGUAUAUAUAUUACACAGUAUUUUCCAGUGAAACCAAUGGGUUUAAAAGGCAGAGAACUGAGCCUUGGGUUUAAAGGGAGCACUGGAAACAGAAUUGGGUGAGUUAAGGGGAGCAGGAAAUGGAACCGGGUAAGUUAAAGGGAGCAGGGAACAGACCCAGUGAAUUUCAAAGGAAUACUGGGAAAUAUGGCCCAAUGAAUUGAAAGGGAACAGGGAAAAGAACUUGGUAAAUAUAAAUGGAGCUGGGGGGAACAGAGCACCAGUGAGUUUUAAGGGAGUGGGAAAUGGCCCUAGGUGUCUCAGGAAUAGGAAACAGAGCCCGGUGAGCCAGAUGCUAAAUUGUCAGGAUUUCCAAACAAUAGGAUACUGGAUAAUUGGAGUUUUACUGUACGUCGCUGAGAUGUUUGAAGUACAACCUGCAUUGCUGUAAUCCUGGUCAUUACAGUUGAGAGAAGUGUGAUUGAACAAUACCAUUUGCAGACUGGAUACGUAAUAAUUAAAGGAGGUUGUUUUACUAACACAAUUCUAACAGAGUUUGGGCAGAGAAAUGUGCAGGCUUUUUUCUGCCAAUGUGUAUUUUGUUGUGCAAGCUGGUCUAAAGGAAAUGGGCUAUUUUAAUUUGCUUGCUGACUUGUUUCACCUCCCACUGGAACCUGUUCCAACACUUUCCAUUUCCUUCUGAGCAUUGAUUUUAAAUACUUUCCUUCUGCUGUCAUGCUGUUUUUCGCUCAACCAGCCACCAAUGAAUAACACCCAUUGAAUGAAGAGGCACAUAGGCCUCCUUUGGGGCCUUAAUGAUGCACCGUAGCUACAGUGUGCUGAAGUAAACUGCAGAUUUUCCAAUCUGAAAGCCUUUCAUGAUGUUAGUGAGAUGUUUGGUAUUACCAUCUGGAAACGCUCAUCCAUUCAUGAGGCUCCAUUGUAGUUAAAGUCAGCUAUUAAAGAGUAACUGUGGUUUUAAUGUUGCUUUCAUUUUACACAAUUAUGCUCUCAACUGCUGUCUGAGAUGUAGUGAUUGUAGAGACCAUUGGAAUAAAGAAUCACACUGUGCUCAA